AUGGUGAAUCCUGCAACGUCAAUGGGUAGUGAAGGAAGCAUCCAUCUGCAGAUAUCUGAGCUCAAAGCAAGGAGUAGCAAAGCAGGCAGUUCAGGUCCAAGUCCAGCAACAAUCUUAAAACCUCAAAGCCCUAUUGAGACAACGAACACUAAUAGCAAAGGCAGUUCAGUGUCUCCACCAAGGCUGCCACAACCAAUCCAUGCACCAGAAAAGAAGUUGACCGCUUUUGCUCUGAGGCUUGCUGUGUUGGAAAAAGCGGCAACUAAAUUGGGAACUCUUGGUUUCAUAUGGGCUACAGUUGUUCUUCUUGGUGGUUUUGCCAUCGAUUUGGACAAAACAGAUUUUUGGUUCAUAACCAUUAUUCUGGUAAUUGAGGGGACAAGGAUAUUUAGCAGGAGUCAUGAGCUUGAAUGGCAACACCGAGCUACACGGCCCCUUGCUGAUGUUGGAAAUAGUAGCUUCCACACAAUGAGAUCAAGCUCACGAUUUCUCAUCAAAACUGUCAGGGAAAUUUUUAGGCCUAUUGCUGCUGUUGGAAAUCGGAGCAGGGAAACUACUACAGAAAGCAUCCAUCAGUCAAGCCGAAAAAACUUGCAUCACAAGAAGAUGCCAACUCAAACAUGGGAUAGCUCAGAGGUUCCUCUCAUUCCAUAUGCUCCAUGGGUGUUCAUAUCAAGACAUAUCAGUAAAGUGUUGUAUUGGCUGCAACUUGUCUCUGCUACUGCUUGUGUGGUACUCUCCCUGAUGAAGCUUAUCAAGCGAAACUUUGGCGAUGUGAACAAAGGAGAUAAAGAAGGGAGGAACACGAGUGCAGCUUUGAUUAUAUUCUAUUCAUUAGCUUUGGCAGAAGCAUUGUUGUUUCUCCUGGAGAAAGCCUAUUUGGAGUGGAAUGUUAUCUUUCACAAAAUAUUUGAUGAGGUGAACAAGGAGUGUGAGUUGGGGCCAUCAGGUAUAUUUGCAAUUAGAAGGUUUUUCUAUGAUGCAUAUUCAAACUGUGUUUAUGGAAGCAUUUUUGAUGGCCUGAAAAUGGAUAUGGUUUCAUUUGCAAUGGAUCUCUUGGCCUCAAACUCCCCCCAUGAACAGCUCAUGGGGGCUCAAAUUCUAGAAACAUUUUCAAAAAGCAAGCGCUUUUCUGAUGAUACCCUUCAAAAGAUUGGAGUAAACUUACUGGUAAUGGAACGGUUAGUAGAAAUGUUGAACUGGAAAGAUCCUCGAGAAGAAGAGAUCAGAAAAUCAGCAGCACAAAUUGUAGCACAUCUUGCUGGUAAAAAGAGGAAUUCUCUUCGGGUAGCUGGUAUACCAGGUGCAAUGGAAUCAAUAUCAUCCUUGCUCCACAUCAGCAGGAGCUUUGCUGAUGCAGCUGAUGAAAUACCAGAAAAGAGAAUCAUCUUCGAUGAUGAACGUUAUAGUUUCUGGACAUUUAACAACCUGGGACUCACAAUUUUGAAGAAGCUUGCUCGCGACCAUGACAAUUGUGGGAAGAUAGGGAAUACAAGAGGCCUCCUGCCGAAAAUCAUAGAUUGCACACAUGCAGGAGAUAGGCUUCUGACACAUGAGGCAGCAACAACCUCACAGAUUUUAACAGUAAAACGAUCUCUGCAGGUGGUAAAGAUGUUGUCCUGCACUACUGGUGCCACAGGCAAACAGCUCAGGAGAGAAAUUUCAGAGAUAGUUAUCACAAUCAGCAAUAUCAGAGACAUAUUGAGGUAUGGGGAGAAGCAUCCAACACUGCAAAAGUUGGGAAUAGACAUUCUAAGAAAUCUGGGAAUGGAAGAGGACGCAACGGAGAGGAUUGGAGGCACAGGUGGACUCCUCAAGGAGUUGUUCAACAUCAUCUUCAAGCAGGUGACAAAUGAAAAGCACAAGGAUGUAAAAAUUGCAGCAGGAGCAGCACUGUCAAUGCUGGCAUUUGAAAGCAAAAGUAAUUGCUUGCGCAUAUUGAAAUUAAAUGUGACUGGAAAACUUGUUGAAGCGUUAGAAGAUCCAAUACUUCGAAUUAAUGCAGGCAGAAUUCUACGAAACUUAUGUGCAUUUGGCGGAGAAGACAGCUUUGAUCAACUAAAGGACCUUAUUGUUGCAGGACCAACGGUCCUUCAGGCAAUCAUGACAGAAGAAGCCAAGUUGCAGGAAGUAAUGAUUGGAUUAGCGGCUCGUAUUUUCAAGUUUAUGACAUCACGGGAAUCAAGCAUUGUGUUUCAGAAAGCAGGCAUCCAAGAAGCUGAAGUGGCUAAUAAACUUGUGGAGACUCUGAAGCAAUAUCGGUAUCCUUCCAUCAAGUUUCCACGAAUGAGGAGGUUUGUUUUAGAAUUAGCAAUGGGGAUGAUGAAAGAUAAAAAAACAAACAUCCAAAUUUUCAAGAGUUUAGAGAUGGAAGUGCAGCUGGAACACAUGAUGAACACUAUUACCGAUAUUGAGAGCUUCAAUAUUUUCUCUGGGACUGUGGGGCUGAGCCGGCAUAGAACAACAAUUCAUUCACUUGUUGAAACUGUGAUGCAGCUGCUGGCAGAUGGUUAA